CCCCCCACCCCUCGUCACCCCCCACCCCUCGUCACCGAGCGCCGCGAGCCGCGACAGACGCCCGACGGAGCGGCCCGGCGCGGAACGCGGCGAGUGGCCAACUGGAGCCGUGUGCACACGCGCGGGUUCGCGAUGCCCGGAGGUCUAUUGGCCUUGGUUGGGGGGGCCCUGUCCCUGGGUGGGGGGGUCCUCUCUGCCGGCAUGGCGUGGCUGCUGGGACUGGUGGUUGUUCCCUCGACGCUGGGAUUUUCUCUGGGCCUCAGGAAGGUGUACAUGAAAAACCUGCUGCGACUUUUUCAGUGGGCCACGUGUCGCAUGGAGCGGGGCCGCCGCGAGCGACUCCAGUCGUUCUACAAGACGAGUCCCAGCGGGCUCAUCAAGCGGGAGUCGUCCUCCAACCUCGAGGAGGAGGUGAGCCGCUUGCGGGACGACUACGACGAGGAGCCGGUGUGCCGGGGGGGGGCUCCCGCGGGGGACGAGGAGGGGGGGGCCGCGACCCACUCCCCCCCGCCGACCAUGAACGCCCCCGCCACGGCGGCGGGCGAGUUCACGAUGUCCGACGCGAUGUGGUUCGCUCGCCGCGGCCUGGAGGCCAUCGUGGAGGACGACGUGACGCAGCGCUUCUCGGCCGAGGAGCUGGAGUCGUGGAACCUGCUGACGCGCACCAACUGCGACUUCUCCCACGUGAGCGCCAAGCUCACGGCCGUGUGGGGGCUCGGCGUGCUGGUGCGCUACUUCAUCCUCCUGCCUGUCAGGGUGAGCCUGGCUUCACUGGGUAUCGGGUGGCUUGUCGUGGGAGCCUCAGCUGUUGGUUUCCUUCCUCAGAACAGGGUGAAGGAGUGGCUGAGUGAGAGUAUCCACCUCACUGCCUACCGCAUCUGCCUGCGUGGCCUGAGCGGCGUGGUGCACUACCACAACACGGAGAAUCGACCCCGGAAGGGGGGCAUCUGCGUGGCGAAUCAUACUUCCCCAAUCGACGUCGUGGUGCUCGCUGCUGACGGGUGCUACGCCAUGGUUGGCCAGGUGCACGGGGGCCUGCUGGGGGUGAUGCAGAGAGCCAUGCAGCGCGCCUGCUUCCACGUCUGGUUCGAGAGGUCCGAGAUGAAGGACCGCCACAUCGUCACCCAGAGGCUCAUGGAACACGUGGCAGCCAAAGUGAAACUUCCGAUUCUCAUCUUCCCUGAGGGAACCUGCAUUAACAACACGUCAGUGAUGAUGUUCAAGAAGGGCAGCUUUGAGAUCGGGGGGAUCAUAUACCCCGUCGCGAUCAAGUAUGACCCCCAGUUUGGGGACGCGUUCUGGAACAGCAGCAAGUACGGGAUGGUGAGCUAUCUGCUGCGAAUGAUGACGAGCUGGGCCAUCGUGUGCAACGUGUGGUACCUGCCGCCCAUGACGCGCCAGGAGGGAGAGGAGGCGGUCGUGUUUGCGAAUCGCGUGAAGGCGGAGAUCGCGCGGCAGGGAGGCCUCGUCGACCUCAUCUGGGACGGACAGCUGAAACGUGGACGCGUGAAAGACAGCUACCGGGAGCGGCAGCAGGAGAGAUACAGCCUCCUCAUCACGGGCGGGGGGGCCAACCAGAACAAUCCGAGUCUUCUCACUAACGGCCCCGCGCCCUGGGACCCCUCGUCUUUCCCCCUGGGUGACCUCACGGGAAAGUCUACCCCCGAAGACCCCGCCCUCAGCCCCUGACCCUGACCGGCAUCUGGCAGUCCCAGUCAGUCCCCCGGAGGGUCACGAGGUAGAUUUGCGGGGUCAGCGGAUGAGCCCUCGGGUGGCGUGGCCCCUCUAUGGGAGGCUGGGUGUGCUCCUGCGAUCCCUCUGUGGGCCCUGUAGGAGCCUAGAGGGCCCACGGAGGGUCGAUGGGCCUCUCUGGGGGUUCCGAGAGGGCCCUAAGAGGAGUUUCCAAGUCUUUAGGACCUCGGUAGGCCCAAGGGGCCCCCAGGUGGACAGUGCCUCCAGUUCCCCCUCCCCCCGCGCCCCCACCACACUCAUAGUUAAACUUUAAACAAAUGUUAAACGUGGAACGGAACGGGUGACUACUCAACCUGCUUCUAUCUUUCGCACUUUCGGCUCUGAGAGAUGACUUUCGGAUUUGACGCAUUGCACAAUUUUUAACGACAAUUUCAGAUUUUUCUCGCUUCGUGAUGGAGCUCGUCGUGUGACGUGCGUGCUCGUUGGUGCUACCGCCACCGGCGCCGUGGUUUCUAGAUCAGUCUGAUAAAAGAUUCCUUCUUUCGCGGCCGUCCGGAAUUUCCCCAAAGUCUGCUGGGAUUUUACCGGAUUAUAUUUUGGCAUUCAGCUUAAAAAUCGUGGACUCAUCCAUAGCCCAUCCCCCGUUUGCGCAUCGCCGAUUAAUUCCACUCACGUCCAGCAUCCCCCUGCAGCCCCCCGAUGCUACACGACUGCUGCCCCCCUUUCACCCACCCCCUCCCACCUUCCCCCGUGAAGACCUUGGGUCACCACAGUAUAAAUGGGACGUUCCAUUAUGAGUAGUCGUUUGGGGGGGGGGUAUAUUGUUCGGUUUAUCCUAGCACUUUUUCUGACCCUGUUCAACUCCGCCAUAUUAAAACCAUGGAUGAGAUCGUGGGGGGGGGGGGGGGGGCUCAGGCCUCGUGAUGACCCCGCGACCUCAUCCUAACCUGGCUGAUGAAUGAAUGAAACGCUCGCCGAGAUUCUGCUCAAUGUGCCAAGAGAGGUGAUGCCAAUAAAACAAAAGGUA